GUGGCGCUGCCAGUGAGUGGUCCACUGCGUCUACGCUGAUUUUACGACGAGAAAUACGCAAAUUAAACAAAAAUAACCUAAACUAAAGCUUUCUCUUACGGGUUAAGUCCAGUUUUCAACAUGUCCAAAACUUUGUUGAGCAGGGAAUUACCCGACAUCGAGAAUCUUCUCCGGCUGAAUCCGACAGUCAAGCCUUACACCAAUCUGGUUCCGUCAGCCCAAACCAAGAAGAACAAGCAACAUUGGAAAAGGAACACUGAUAGAAAAUGUACCACGUGUCCAACUCUGACGAAGAACUUCGACGACAUCAAGCACACGACCCUGUCGGAGCGGGGUGCCUUGAAGGAGGCGGCGCGCUGUCUCAAGUGCGCGGACGCACCUUGCCAGAAGUCCUGCCCCACGCAGAUCGAUGUUAAGAGUUUUAUCACUAGCAUCGCUAACCGGAACUACUAUGGAGCUGCGCGAGCGAUCCUGUCAGACAACCCCCUGGGGCUGACCUGCGGCAUGGUGUGCCCAACCAGCGACCUCUGCGUCGGCGGCUGCAACCUCCACGCCAGCGAGGAGGGGGCUAUAAACAUCGGGGGCCUUCAGCAUUUUGCUGUUGAGACGUUCAUGAAGAUGGGAAUCCAGCAAACUCUGGAUCCGAAGAUGAAGCCUCUCCCUAAAGGCGGCAACCAGAAGAUAGCUCUGAUCGGCGGCGGCCCAGCGAGUAUCAGCUGCGCUUGUUACCUGGCUCGUAUGGGUUAUAAGAACCUUACUGUCUAUGAGAAGGAGAGCUAUCUAGGAGGACUGAGUUCAUCCGAAAUCCCACAGUACCGUUUACCAUACAACGUUGUGCAAUUUGAGAUCGAUCUCGUGAAGAACUUGGGAGUCAAAUUCGUGACCGGAAGGAGCCUGUCCACUAAGGAUAUUACCGUUGAGGGCCUUUUGAAAGACCACGCAGCCGUGUUCCUGGGGAUAGGCCUACCUCAGCCCAACAGCAUACCAGUCUUCAAGGGUCUCACGCAAGACAUGGGCUUCUACACCAGCAAGGACUUCCUGCCUCUUGUGUCUGGUGGAAGCAAGAAAGGUAUGUGCGCCUGCAAGACGUCGUUACCAGAGCUCCAUGGGAACGUGAUAGUCCUGGGGGCCGGCGACACGGCGUUCGACUGUGCUACGUCAGCGCUGCGCUGUGGAGCCCGGAGGGUCUACGUAGUCUUCAGGAAAGGAUUCACUAACAUCAGAGCUGUGCCUGAAGAGGUUGAUUUGGCAAAAGAGGAAAAAUGCGAAUUCGUGCCGUUCAUGUCACCCCAAGAAGUUAUUGUGAAAGAUGGAAGGAUCACAGCUCUUAAGAUGUGCCGCACGGAACAACUAGAAAACGGCGAUUGGGUUGAGGACCAGGAACAGAUCCUGCAGCUGAAGGCUAACUUCAUCAUCUCCGCUUUUGGCUCCGGAUUGUACGAUAGCGACGUGAAAGCCGCCAUGACACCAGUGAAGCUAAACCGCUGGGGCCAGCCCGACGUGGACCCCGACACGAUGCAGAGCAGCGACCCGCGCGUGUUCGUCGGGGGCGACCUCGCCGGCGUGGCCGAGACUACCGUCGAGUCUGUCAAUGAUGGCAAGACUGCCGCCUGGUUCAUGCACUGUUACUUGCAGGAUAUACCAUUCGACGCUCCGAUCGAGCUACCAAAGUUCCACUGCCCCAUUGACGACGUGGACCUAUCGGUGGAAGUCUGCGGCAUCAAGUUUGAGAACCCAUUCGGGCUGGCCAGUGCUCCGCCAACCACUAGCUCCGCCCUGAUCCGUCGUGCUUUCGAGCAAGGAUGGGGUUUUGCUGUCACCAAAACUUUUGUUCUUGAUAAGGAUCUAGUGACGAAUGUGUCUCCCCGCAUAGUGCGAGGAGUGACGUCAGGAGAGAACUAUGGCCCCAACCAGGGUAGCUUCCUCAACAUCGAGCUGAUCUCCGAGAAGUGCGAGGCGUACUGGUGCCAGAGUAUCACUGAGCUUAAGCGUGACUUCCCUACGAAGGUGGUAAUAGCAUCAAUAAUGUGCUCGUACAACGAAGCGGACUGGACAGAGCUGGCGCGGAAGGCGGAGAGGUCGGGGGCGGAUGCUCUUGAGCUCAACCUGUCGUGCCCUCACGGCAUGGGGGAGUCCGGUAUGGGGCUUGCUUGCGGACAGGAUCCUAAACUUGUAAAAGGCAUAUCGGAGUGGGUGCGCAAGGCGAUAAAGAUCCCUUUCUUCGUGAAACUGACUCCCAAUAUCACAGACAUCGUCAGUAUUGCAAUGGCUGCUCAUGCAGGAGGCGCAGACGGAGUGUCAGCUAUCAAUACUGUAUCUGGCCUUAUGUCAGUAAGACCCGAUGCCACACCCUGGCCUGCAGUUGGUAUAGAAAAGAAGACGACCUACGGAGGUGUAUCAGGCAACGCCACAAGACCUAUGGGCCUCCGCGCUGUAUCAGCCAUCGGCAACAAGCUGCCUGGUUUCCCGAUCCUCGGUAUCGGUGGCAUCGACUCUGCUGACUCGGCUCUGCAGUUCAUUAUGUGCGGAGCUCCUGUUGUGCAGAUUUGCAGUGCAGUCCAGAACCAAGAUUUCACAGUGGUAGAAGAUUACAUCACGGGGUUGAAAGCGCUACUGUAUCUACGUUCGAUAGGUCUUGAUGGGUGGUUGGGCCAGUCCCCGCCGACAUUCAAACACCAGAAGGGCAAACCAGUGCAGACUCUAUACGACGAACAUGGAAAGGUGCUAGCUCAUUUUGGUCCCUACAACAAGAAGCGAGAGGAAAUUCUCCAUGAAAAACGUUUAAAGUCAGACUUACUGGCCGACAAUAAAGUAGAGAAAUAUUUACAAGAAAAUAAGACUAAUGGAUAUUCUGAAGUGCCCAAAAUUAAAGAUGUUUUGGGAGCAGCGUUGGCAAGAGUCGGGACUUACAAGCAUUUGGAUAAUACUAAACAAGUUGUGGCAUUGAUAGACGAUGACAUGUGUAUAAAUUGCGGCAAAUGUUACAUGGCGUGUGCUGACUCUGGAUAUCAAGCUAUUGAAUUCGACCCUAAAACUCAUAUACCGCAUGUAACGGAUGACUGCACCGGUUGCACGCUGUGUUUAUCUGUUUGUCCUAUCAUCGACUGUAUAUCAAUGGUUCCGAAGACGAUUCCUCACGUCAUCAAGAGAGGUUUACAUUAUCAGAUCCACCCGGUGUCGCCUUUGGACGCGGUUUGCCAAUAAAUCGUCUAAUUAUACAUAUCGUUAAUACUUAAUCAAAAUAUUUGUAACUAGAGUAUUUGAUAUACUUUCGUAAUUAUA